GGGGGGCGUGGUUUGAUGUGGGCGGUGCUUAGAUGGGCGUGUUCCCGCUGGGGGCGUGGCUUUGGGGGCGUGGCCUUUAACGGAAGCGGCGGCGCCGCGGGACGCGCGAGAAUGUCCUCGGGCCGCCCCCCCGCAGCCCCGUCUCCGCCGCCUCCCCCGGUUGGGGGGUCUCUCCCCGGUGCCCCCCCCGGGGCCGCCCCUCCCUCCCGCCGCAGCCGCCGCCGCCGGGGCCCGGCCCCGCCCCCUCCGGGCCCCGCCCCCGGCUGCAGUGACGUGUUCGUGACGUCACGCUCGGAUUUCCGCGCGCAGCUGCGGCGCUGCCAGCGGCUGCUGGCGCCGGGCGGGGGUCCCGGGGGUCCCGGGCCGGGCGGGGGUCCCGGGGCCGCCCCCGGGGAGCUGCGGCUGCACGGGCUGGGCCUGGCCGUGCCCCGCACCAUCAACCUGGCGCUGCAGCUGCAGGCGGGCGCGGGGGGCGCGCUGCGCCUGCACGCCAGCACCUCCUCCGUGCCCCUCCGCGGGGACCGCGACCGCGGCGACCGCGACGACGGCGACGCCCCCCGCCACAACUCCGCCAUCCACAUCCGCCUCUGCAGGGAGGCGCCCUGCGCCUGACCGGGGGGCAUCCCCGGUGUACCGAGGGGGCUCCCCAAAAUGCGGGGGGGGCUCCCCGGUGUCUUGGGGGGCUCCCCGGGGGGCUCCCCCGUUGUCCUAAGGGGUCCCCCGAUAUUUUAGGGGCUCCCCGGUGUCCUGAGGGGCUCCCCGGUGUCUUGGGGGGCUCCCCCGGUGUCCCGAUCUACGUCACUUCCAUGGGAGCCCCCCAGGUGUCCCCAGGUGUGUCGCGGCCGUGGGGACGCCACUGAAGGUCUUGGGGACACCAGGACGGCACCGAGAGUUGUGGGGACGCCGGUGCCUUGGGGACACGGAUGGUGCCACCACCGGGGCCGCCCCGUGUCCCCCCCAGCCCCGCGAUGUCACCCUGAGCCCCCCCGCGGCCCUGGGGGGGACACGGGGCCGUGAUACCCCAAUAAAGUCGGUGAUGGUGGCA